AUGCAGGCCAUCCUCCAGAAAGCCCAAGAUCGGCUCUCCGAAUUGGUAUGGUCUCUCACCAUCGACCAAAACUCAACUCUACCAUGCACGAUCUCGUCUGUCCAGAUCCUCAGUGCACCUAAUACCCGCCGAGGCUUCCUUGAGCAUAUCGUCGGGCCACUCCUCAGUGCAAACCGAGGCCGACCCUAUACCCUUUCUGAGGCAUUGCAGGAGGUAACGGUAACGGCAGACAAGCUUGGACGAUUUGACCUUUUCCAGCAGCCAAUCUCGGUUCACUUGGAUGAGUCGACGAAUGGUCAAACUGGAAUCCGUAACAUCGAUGUGAUCCUUGCUGCUAAGGAAAAGUCCCGUUUGCUCUUGAAGACCGGUACCGAUCUUGGAAAUGCAGAAGGCUCAGCUUAUGGAAAUCUCCUGUGGCGCAAUGUGUUUGGUGGUGCCGAGACCCUGAACCUCAAUGCCUCGUUGGGCACCCGUACACGGUCCGCUUACCAGGCUGCUUUCGAGACUCCCGUCUUGGGCGACCCUGAUUUCCGCCUGGAGAUUGGCGGAAUCGCAAGUGCUACUCAGAAAUCCUGGGCUAGCCACGAAGAAGUUGUCAAGGGAGGUUGGGGUAAGCUCCGAUGGCUUUCCGGAUCUGGACACCGCCACGAGCUGGGAUACAACGGGUUCUGGAGACAACUUACUGGUCUGGCAGAGAACGCUUCUCCCACCGUCCGGGCUGAUGCUGGCGAUAGUGUAAAGAGCAGCAUCUUCCACAGCUGGGUCAAUGAGCAGCGCGACAACCCCAUGUUGCCAUCUCGCGGAUACUAUGCGAAAAUCUUUAACGAGGUUGCUGGUCUGGGUCCUUUGAAGGGUGAUGUGGCUUUCUGGAAGUCGGAGAUUGAGACACAGAGUGCUCUUCCCAUUCCAAUUCCCGGCAUCAAGGGUGACAGCGGCAUCAGUCUCACCACUGGUUUCCGCGCCGGUCUCUUGUAUCCUCUGGGCUUGGGUUCUAGCUCUACGCCUCAACUCUCCCGGGUCAAUGACCGCUUCCUCCUUGGGGGACCUACCGAUGUUCGGGGAUUCCGUCUAUGUGGCCUGGGUCCCCGUGAAGGUGCUGAUGCUCUCGGUGGUGAUGUCUAUGCUGCCGGAAGCGCCAACUUGCUUUUCCCGCUUCCCCGAGUAGGUGCCGACAAGCCUCUGCGUUUGCAAGCUUUUGUGAAUGGUGGUCGAUUGCUGCCACUGCAAACCUCGCAGAAGAACGCACCUUCUACCAGUGCAGAGGCGCAAGAUGCGAUGGUUUCUACUUUCUCCGAGCUGCAAAAUGGCCUUCCUAGUGUUGCUGCCGGUUUUGGCAUCGUCUAUGCCCAUCCGGUAGCGCGAUUCGAGCUGAACUUUUCUCUUCCUCUGGUCCUGCGAAAGGGCGAAGAGGGCCGGAAGGGCUUGCAACUUGGAAUUGGUAUCAACUUCCUGUAG